UGUGGCCGCGUGUCCCUGGCGCCGCCCGGGCAAGCGCGCGCGCGCUCCCUCCCUCUCUCUCUCUCUGUCUCCCUCCCUCCCUGUCUCCGUGCGCCUGUCUCCGGCUGAACCUCCACCCCCUUUCUCCCUGUAUCCCUCCUCACAUUCACUCACUCACUCACUCACUGACUGGGCUCUAAAAUGGCGGGGAGACAGCCUCCAGCCGCAGCACCGUUACUGCUCGCGACGCUGCUCCUGUUACCCGGUACCUUGGCUGGACCAGUUGUUGUUGAUCAGAAAGUGUCUGCAAUUUUGGGCAAAAAUGUCACCUUAAAGUGUUUAGUUACAGUGACAGAAACUGUAACUCAGAUUUCCUGGGAGAAGCAAGAUCAUGGGACCUCAGAUACAGUCGCAGUUUAUCAUCCGCAUUUUGGAGUCUCAAUUCAAGGGAACUAUGUAGGAAGAGCUGAUUUCACAAACCCAUCUUUAAAAGAUGCAACAAUUCUUAUUAAAAGAGUUCAGUUUUCAGAUUCUGGAAACUACAUCUGCAAGGUGGUCACUUUCCCAUUGGGAAAUUACCAAGAAACAAGCAUUGUGACUGUGAUUGUGGAACCCACUAUAACUGUGGGAGGUGGCCCUGAACCACUUGUGGAUGGUGCCAAUGAGACAGUUGCAGCAGUUUGCACAGCAGCUAAUGGAAAGCCUGCAGCAAGUGUUUUCUGGGAAACCGACCUCAUUGGAGAAAAGGAACAGACAAAAAUUUCUGCCCCAAAUGAAACUGUGACUGUUGUAAAUCAGUUCAAGAUUGUUCCAUCCCGAUUUGUGAGGAAGAGGCCAAUCACCUGCAUAGUGAUACAUCCUUCAUUUAAUACCACUAUUCGAGUCCCAUAUGUAUUGGAUGUGCAAUAUGCACCUGAAGUUACUGUACUGGGUUAUGAUGGAAACUGGUUUGUUGGUAGACAAAAUGUGCAACUCAAGUGUAAAGCUGAUGCAAACCCAUCGCCUUCUGCAUACAUAUGGACCAGAUUGGAGAAACCUUUACCAGAGAAUUUGCAGAUUGAAAAUGAUACUUUAACUUUCAACAGACCGCUCAACUACAAUGAUUCUGGUAUCUAUAUCUGUGAUGUAGUAAAUAUUCACGGACAAAGAAAAAAUCAAAAGGUUGUUCAAAUAAGAGAGCCACCCACUACAACCUUGCUAUCAACAACCUUGCCACCAAUCCACUCAACAGUGGGAAUCACAAGUGUACCUGCUUUUACCAAAAGAUCCAUGAUUCCUCAGUCAACCUUGGAAUCUGUGAAGAGUGACAGUUUAGGAACCAUCAUUGGUGGUGUAGUUGGUGGCGCUCUUUUUCUUAUGCUAGUGGUUAUCAUCAUUGUAAUGGUCUACUUGAGACGUCGGCGUACCUUCCGUGGAGACUACUACACAAAGCAGUAUGCUGGGACUACAGACAUACAGAAGGACUCUCAGAUGGAUGUUUUACAAUCAAAUAGAAUUGAACCAUACACUGAUUAUGAGAAAAGUGAACGAAAGCUCGAACCAAAUAACAUAUUCCAGGAUUAUCCCAUAGAGGUGCAGAAAAGUAAAUGGCAAAGUGCAGACAAUAUAAAUAACAGAUACACUGAAGGAGUUGAGUUACCCGUCGACUAUUAUGAAGAUAGAAAAAUUUCCAAUGCACCUCCAUAUUUGCAUGAUGACUAUUAUGAUGAAAAUGAAGAUGACCUCAUUUCACACUUAGAUGGUUCAAUCAUUUCUCGCCGGGAGUGGUAUGUCUAGUGGUUAUUGAUAAGUGUUCAUAAGGUAGUAAGAGGCACUUCAGUUCAGCUAAGAAAUCUAGGUUUCCAGCUAUUGUUUUGUUUUUCCCACAAUACUUUGAUAUGUGUCCUUGUUUUCCAAAGAAAGAACAAAAUGUGCUUUCCAUAAUGAAAAUAGAAAUAUGGUUUUGUACCCUCUUUGCAACCAGCGUAAAAUGAAAUCCAAUCUACAAAAAUUAUAUGGACAGAGUAGAAAUUAUCCACAUUUUUAAGGAAGGACUUUGUAAUAUUUCUGGAGUUGUUUUCGGCUCAAGCAGUUUCUGAGUGAGGCCUCCGUGGUAAAGAAGCAGUUACUGCCCAUCAAUUAUUGAUAUUUUCAUCCACUCCUUCCAUUAAGCUCCUUGGAAACCUGACCAAUGAUUGCUUUAUUUGUUUGUUUUACAUGAACAUAUACAGUAUAACAGAUUUCACUCGUAUGGAGUUGGCUGAAGAAGAAACUGCUUCGAUGUUGUUAAACGUUGCAAAAGUUGAAUUUUAGCCAAUUUGUUUGCUUAAAGUUAAAUGUUUACAUUCUCCCUCUUUUCAUAAUUUAACAGAAAAAUAUAGUUUCCUUGUCUGCACACUGAAGAGCACUUCUAAACUUGUCUGGGGAGAAAAAUAUGGGAUUAGAAGAACUUUGCUCGACUCAUGCAAUGAUUUUUUUCAUUGUACUUAAAUUCUAAAUUAAGUUUGAAACCAACUACAACCCUUAAUUACCUUUGAAACCAAUUACAAUCCCAAGCAAGAUUCAAAACCGACUAUAUCCUUUAGAUGUUGUACUCGGCUGUAUUUUAGAUCUUAAAAUAAUGCAUUUUUUAAAAUAAGGUGUUGAGUAAUGAAACAGCUGAGGUGAAAAUCAGCAAUGCCAUGUUCUGAAAUUUAAAUUGAGGCUAUGGAUGAUUUAAUAUUUCUUUCACGAUCAUUGUGAGAUAUUUAUCAUUCAAAAUUAAAACCAAGCAUUGUAGUUUCAACCGCUUCGACGUACAGUCCUAAAUUUUCCCUUUUCAGUGGAAAGCACUUUAGUUCUAAAGUGCUGUGAUCAUCACUUGUCCAUAGACGUACACUGAGGUUGUUUUCUCACCUGCAUGUGUGAAUACUAAACCGCACAGCUUGUGAAAUAUAUUGUGGAAAUGGUGCACAUAAAAAGCUGGUGAAGACUCCAAUGGAGCAAAAUUAAUUAAUGCUCUGAGCUUUGUGUUGAUGUGUAUAUAUAUGCAAAAGAGAUUUACUGUACAGUACUUUUUGUACUUUGUGUUUUAUAAAGUUAGUGCAAUGUUGAUUUGAUGUGCUGUUUGCUAAAUAUACAUUUUGCUGGAAAAAAACUUAAAUCGCCUUAUUUUAACUUGAUUCUUUUUGCCAAUUCCAACACUUAAAAUGUCUUAAGCUAUUAUUAAAUCAAUUCUUAUUUAA